UUAUGUCUAUAGGUACUACAGUAACAGUAACAAGAUCACGAUGAAAGUUUGGAUUCUUCUAGCUUACGGCUUGGUUCAAUUAUUAAUUGGUAGCAGUAAUGCAACCCCUGUUGGUACCUUUGAAAAUGAUAGAGUGAUGACUGUUAUAGCUACUAACAUGGAUAAUGAGAUGGAAGAAAAGGUUGAGACUGUCAUUACUAAAGUGUACGAAGAGAACCCAGUUGGUGAUUAUGUCGAACUUAUACGAACUGCAAUUGCUAAAAAGUUAUCCGACAUGACAUGGAUCGUUAUUGAAGAACCAAAAGCGCAAAGUUUGGGUAACGUCCCGAAAUACUUGUACAUCAAGAGAGCUGCACCAGGCUACGAGCCAGCAAUAUACCUCAUUGUCGGUUUUUAAACUUAAAUCAAUAGUUUACUAUAGACUACAUAAGAAAAAUAGUCUAAAAACUACUUUGUAUUGAUUACUUUGCCAAAAUUAUAUAAUUAUAAAAUAAACAAUAUUUUGUUAAAAAAC